CCACCAGUUGAAGCAGUUGCGAUCGAUACAUCGUGAAAAAGCUUUUUUUCUAUUCACUAAACUUGGUUUAUUGUGAAUAUUAAUAAGUAGCAUAAAGUUAUUCUGGAAGAUGUCUUCAACAGCAGGCAAAGUUAUCACUUGCAAGGCAGCCAUUGCAUGGGAGGCGAAAAAGCCGCUAGUAAUCGAAGAUGUAGAGGUGGCUCCGCCGAAAGCGCACGAAGUGCGUAUUCAAAUCGUAGCAUCCGGCGUUUGCCAUACCGACGCAUAUACUCUGGGUGGAUUUGACCCAGAAGGAGUGUUCCCUGUAAUACUUGGCCAUGAAGGAGCUGGUAUUGUUGAAAGUGUUGGAGAUGGUGUUAACGCAUUUAAGCCCGGGGACCAUGUCAUACCGCUGUACAUUCCGCAGUGCAAAGAAUGCAAAUUCUGCAGGAGCAAUAAAACAAAUCUCUGUCAAAAAGUUCGUACAACGCAAGGCCAAGGUGUUAUGCCAGAUGGCACAUCGCGUUUCACAUGUAAGGGUCAUAAGGUAUUCCAUUUUAUGGGCACAUCGACCUUUGCACAAUACACAGUGGUUGCUGAUAUCUCCCUUUGCAAGAUUGACGAGAAAGCUCCACUUGAAAAGGUUGGACUUUUAGGCUGUGGUAUUCCUACAGGCUAUGGCGCCGCAAUUAAUACUGCUAAAGUAGAGUCCGGCAGUACUUGCGGAAUUUGGGGCUUAGGUGCUGUUGGUCUAGCCACCGCCAUGGGUUGUCGCAAAGCUGGCGCCUCAAAAAUCUACGGUAUCGAUAUAAAUCCGGAUAAAUUUGAAAUUGGAAAAAAAUUCGGUAUCACCGACUUCAUCAAUCCCAAGGAAGUGGCCGAUAAGGGACCCAUUCAGAAUUAUAUCAUUGACCUCUUGGAUGGUGGCUUCGAUUAUACCUUUGAAUGCAUUGGCAAUGUUAACACCAUGCGAGCUGCACUUGAAGCGACACACAAAGGUUGGGGCACAUCAGUUAUUAUUGGGGUUGCUGCAGCUGGUCAAGAGAUAAGUACACGCCCCUUCCAGCUUGUUGUUGGUCGCACAUGGAAAGGCACUGCUUUUGGCGGAUGGAAGAGCGUCUCGGAUGUGCCCAAGCUGGUGGAAGAAUACUUGAGAAACGAAUUAAUGGUCGAUGAAUUUAUUACGCACACUAUGGGCAUGGAAAAGAUUAACGAGGCAUUUGAUUUGAUGCAUGCAGGCAAAAGCAUCCGUGCCAUUGUAAAGUUGUAGAAAGGAAGAAAUGCAUUUAAUAAAGCAAAUAUUUGUACCAACAUGAUUUUCA